UAAGACAUAAAUAUUUUAAAAAUAAUAUUAAACUUUUUCACUAAAAUUUUUCUGUAUUUCAUCAAAUUGUCAAUUUGUACAUUUUACGAUAAAAAUGAUUUUAUUAAAAUUAUUUGUAUUAUUUUAUACAUGCUAUGGAACAUCUGGUGAUCUUAAACAGGACUUAGAUACAGCAUGGGCCGAAUUUGAUAAACAUUUAAAACAUGAUCACUCACAGUUUAUUGGUUACUAUGAAGGAAUGGGAGAUGAUAUGGACAUGCAUUCUAAAAUAAAAAGACAAUAUUUAUCUUCAAUAAAUAAUAUUAGAAAUUGGCAUGGUGUAGAACCUCUAAAACAAAAUAAUGAAUUGGAUGUUUUUGCACAGUCAUGUGCAAAUUAUGAAGCCAGGAUAGAACGACCUGGUCCAUUCAAUUCAGUUUUCGGACUAUUAUUCUCAUCUCAUAAUACUCUAUAUUCUAAUGACUUAGGGAAAAAAUUACCUUAUCGAAUAUAUGGAUAUGCUGAUAAUGAAGAUAAACCUUUUGAUUUUGAAGCAAAUGAGGAUGAAAUGAUUAAAAAUGAGGAAUAUUCUUUGCGCCAUCGACAUUCUACUAGUAUAAUUUGGAAAAGUUCCAUUAACAUAGGAAUUGGUGUGGCAAAAUCAAAGGAAACUGUAAUUGAUGGUAAAAAAAUUGAUUUACCAUCUUACGUUAUUGUAGCAUUAAUACAUCCGAAGCCACACGUAUUGGGAAAAUACAAAGAAAAUAUAACACCUAGAAAUCUUGAAAUCAUGAAACAUGAUGGUUACUUCGAAUUUAUUCAGGAAGAUAAAAAACGCAACAAAAAUGUAAUUAAAUACGAACUCCAGUCAUAUGUCAAAAAACUUGCGGAAUCUUCUUCCAAAAUAAAUGUCAGCCUUGAAAAAAAAGAAAACUAAACGUUCAAUAGAUUCUUACUUGGUUUUUAUGAUUAUGCUGUUAAAAUUAAUGUUUAAUUAUAAUUAAAUUAAUAUUUGUGAAAAAUUGUCCAUAUCAUUAUUAUUAUUUGUACGAUUUAAAUUUAGAAUUCUCAAUUUAUAUAUUAAUAAUUCUUUUAAAACACACUCAAAACACUUUUGAAAUUGUUAUUUAUUUAUGGAUGCACUUUUUUAAUACAUAUAUGUUAUUUAACAUCAUGCGUAAUAAAACAUUUAC